AUGACCAAUGAAGAACGUCGAUCAUGUAUAGAUAUAUGUAAAUAUUUUCAUGUUAGUACCCAACAAAUUUCAAAACGUUUUCUUGCUGAACUUGAUCGACAUAAUUAUGUUACACCAACAUCAUAUCUUGAAUUAAUAAAUACAUUUAAAACAUUACUUGAAAAACGUCGUUCAGCAUUAUUAUCAGCUAAAACACGUUAUGAAGUUGGUUUAGAAAAACUUGAAAAUGCUGCAUCACAAGUUGGUAAAAUGCAAAAAACUUUAGAACAAUUACAACCACAACUUGUUGAAAUGGAUAAAAAAGUUGAUGAAACAUUAGUUAUUGUUGAAAAAGAAAAAACUGAAGCUGUUCGACAAGAACAAAUCGUACGUGUUGAUGAAGAAAAAGCUAAUGAACAAAAAGCAUCAGCUGAUCAAAUUAAAGCUGAAUGUGAUUUAGAAUUAGAAGCAGCUAUGCCAGCAUUUAAACGAGCAACAGAAGCAUUAAAUACAAUAAAACCUGAACAAAUAGCUGAAAUGAAAGCUAUGAAAAAUCCACCAGGUGCUGUUAAAACAGUUAUGGAAGCUAUUUGUAUAUUACUUGGUGAACAACCUGAAAGAGUUGUUGAUCCAGCAACAGGUCAACGUAAAGAAGAUUGGUGGAAAACAUCUGUACGUGCUUUAGGUAAUCAAAAUUUUCUUAAAAGUUUACUUACUUAUAAACGUGAUGAAAUUCCACCAAAUUAUAUGAAACGUAUUCGUGAAAAAUAUGUACCAGAUCCAAAUUUUCAACCAGAUAAAGUUGAAACUGUAUCACAAGCUUGUGCUGGUUUAGCAAAAUGGACAUUAGCUAUGGAUAAAUAUGAUGUUGUUGCAAAAAUUGUUGCACCAAAAAAACAAGCUUUAGCUUCUGCUCAAGAUCAAGUUGCUAAAGCUGAAGGUAUUUUAUCAGAGAAGCGUGCACAUUUACGUACUGUACAAGAAAAAUUAGCUAUUUUACAAAAACAACUCGAUGAAAAUUUAGCAAAAAAAGAUGAAUUAUCUAAACAAGUUACGGAUUGUAAAACAAAAUUAAUACGUGCAGAAACUUUAAUUGGUGGACUUGGUGGUGAAAAAUCUCGUUGGAUGCAAGCUGCAAAAGAUUUAACACAACAAUAUGAUAAUCUUAUUGGUGAUAUUCUUUUAUCAGGUGGUGUUAUUGCUUAUUUAGGAGCAUUUACGGCUGUUUUUCGCCAAGAUAUGGCGCAUGAAUGGAAUAAAUUAAUUGAAGAAAAAAAUCUACCACGUUCAGCAUCAUUCACUCUUGUUGGUACUCUUGGAGAACCAGUUGUUAUUCGUGCAUGGAAUAUUGCUGGUUUACCAAGUGAUUCAUUUUCAGUAGAAAAUGGUAUUAUACUUAGUAAUUCUCGUCGAUGGCCAUUAAUGAUUGAUCCUCAAGGACAAGCAAAUAAAUGGGUUAAAAAUAUGGAAAAACCAAAAAAUUUACAUGUAAUUAAACCUUCUGAUUCGGAUUAUGUACGUGUAUUAGAAAAUUGUAUUCAAUUUGGUCAUCCUGUUUUAAUGGAAAAUGUUGGCGAAGAAAUUGAUCCAUUACUUGAACCAUUACUACUUAAACAAACAUUUAAACAAGGUGGUAGUUUAUGUAUUAAACUUGGAGAUUCAGUCAUUGAAUAUUCACCUGAUUUUCGUUUUUAUAUGACAACAAAAUUACGUAAUCCACAUUAUUUACCUGAAACAGCUGUUAAAGUUGCAUUACUUAACUUUAUGAUUACAUUUGAAGGUCUUCAAGAUCAACUUUUAGGUAUUGUUGUUGCACGUGAACGUCCAGAAUUAGAAGAAGAAAAAAAUUCCUUAAUUAUUCAAGGAGCUGAAAAUAAACGAAUGUUAAAAGAAAUUGAAGAUAAAAUUCUUGAAGUUUUAAGUGCAUCAUCUGGAAAUAUUCUUGAAGAUGAAGCAGCUAUUAAUGUUCUAUCAAGUUCAAAAGCAUUAGCUAAUGAUAUUAGUGAAAAACAAUUAAUUGCUGAAGAAACAGAAAAAAAAAUUGAUGCUGCUCGAUUAGGUUAUACACCCAUUGCUGUACAUUCAACAAUUCUGUUUUUUUCAAUAGCUGAUUUAGCUAAUAUUGAACCAAUGUAUCAAUAUUCUUUAUCAUGGUUUGUUAAUUUAUUUGUAGCAUCAAUUGAAAAUUCCGAAAAAUCUGAUAUAUUAGAAACACGUUUAGUUAAUUUACGUAAUCAUUUUACAUAUUCAUUAUAUAGUAAUAUAUGUCGUUCAUUAUUUGAAAAAGAUAAAUUAUUGUUUUCAUUUUUACUUUGUGUUAAUUUACUUAAAUAUGAAAAAAAAAUUAAUGAAGAUGAAUGGAGAUUUUUAUUAACGGGUGGUGUAGCUUUAUCAAAUACAUUUUCAAAUCCAACAGCAUGGUUACCACAAAAAUCAUGGGAUGAACUUGUUCGUCUUGAUGAAUUAGUACGUUUUAAAGAUAUAAGAAAAAAUUUUCUUGCACAAAAAGAUGCUUGGAAAAUUGUUUAUGAUUCAGCUGAACCACAUAGAGAAAAAUUUCCUGAUCAAUGGCAAAAUAGUUUAGAAGAUUUUCAACGUAUGUGUGUUAUACGUUGUGUAAGACCAGAUAAAGUUUUACCAUCUGUACAAGAUUUUGUACGUGAUCAUUUGGGUGCGAAAUAUAUUGAACCGCCACCAUUUGAUUUAACUAAAUCAUAUCAAGAUUCAACAUGUACAACACCAAUUAUAUUUGUUUUAUCACCUGGUUCCGAUCCAAUGUCAUCAUUGAGUAAAUUUGCAGAUGAUAUGGGUUUUGGUGGCGCUAAAAUGCCAUCUCUUUCAUUGGGUCAAGGACAAGGCCCAUAUGCAGUACAAAAUAUACAAAAAGGUAUUAAAGAAGGCAAUUGGGUUGUAUUACAAAAUUGUCAUUUGGCACCAUCAUGGAUGCCUCAACUUGAAAAAAUUUGUGAAGAAUUUAAUCCUGAUACAAUACAUCCAGAUUUUCGUCUUUGGUUAACAUCAUAUCCAAGUAAACAAUUUCCUGUAGCUAUAUUACAAAAUGGUGUUAAAUUAACAAAUGAAGCACCAAAAGGUUUACGUUUUAAUCUUUUACGAUCAUAUUUCAGUGAUCCAAUUAAAGAUCCUGAAUUUUUUGGAAAUGCUAAAAAUCCACGUGCAUGGAAAAAACUUCUAUUUGGUCUUAGCUUUUUCCAUGCCUUAGUACAAGAACGACGAAAAUUUGGACCACUUGGAUGGAACAUUCCAUAUGAAUUCAACGAAACUGAUUUACGUAUUUCAGUACAACAAUUAAAUAUGUUUCUUAAUCAAUAUGAUGAUGUUCAAUUCGAAGCUAUUCGUUAUUUAACAGGAGAAUGUAACUAUGGUGGUCGAGUCACCGACGAUUGGGAUCGUCGAACAUUAAAAACUUUACUAGCAAAAUUUUAUUGUCCAAUUAUAAUCGACUCAGAUGAUUUUCGUUUUGAUGAAAGUGGCCUUUAUUAUGCACCAUUAGAUGGUGAUUAUGAUUCAUAUAUGACUUAUAUUAAAAAUUUACCAUUAAAUGCUGAUCCAAAUAUAUUUGGUUUUCAUGCUAAUGCUGAUAUAACAAAAGAUCAAAAUGAAACAAAUCAAUUAUUUGAAAAUAUUCUUUUAACACAGGCAAAAGGAUCUUCAGGUAGUGUUGGCAAGACACCGGAUGAUCUUGUUAGUGAAGUAGCUGCUGAAAUUCUUGCAAAAUUACCACCAAAUUAUAAUAUUGAAAUGGCUAUGCGAAAAUAUCCAACUGAAUAUAAACAAAGUAUGAAUACUGUACUUGUACAAGAAAUGGGUCGAUUCAAUCGACUUUUAUCAACUGUUCGUCAAUCAUUAAUCGAUGUACAAAAAGCAAUUAAAGGUCUUGUUGUUAUGUCAGCUGAUUUAGAAGAAGUAUUUAUGUCAAUGCUUAAAUCGAAAAUUCCUGAAACUUGGAAAAAGAAAUCUUAUCCAUCGUUGAAACCACUUGGUUCAUAUGUUCUGGAUUUUAUUGCUCGACUUAAAUUUCUUCAAAAAAUGUUGUCAGCAGUAACGCGACCACGUGUUUUGUCGUUACUUGGUGCAAUUCAACAUACAAAUCAGUGUUGUCCAAGUCAUGGAGGUGGACUUAAAAGUGAUUAUGCUUUUGAAAUGGCAUGUUCAACAAUACGAUUUGGUCCAGGUGUUAUUGCUGAACUUGGAUGUGAUCUUCAAAAUUUAAAUUGUUCAAAUAUUGCUCUCUUUACCGAUGAACGUAUACGAAAAUUAAAAUCAUUUGAAAAUGUUCUUCGUUCAUUAGAAACAAAAAAAAUAAAAUAUGAUAUAUUUGAUAAAAUACGUAUUGAACCAACAGAUACAAGUUUUAAAAGUGCAAUAAAUUUUGCAUGUCAAGGACAAUAUGAUGGUUAUGUUGCUGUUGGUGGUGGUUCAGUUAUGGAUACAUGUAAAGCAGCAAAUCUAUUUGCAUCAUCACCUAAUAAAGAAUCAACAGAUUUUCUUGAUUAUGUUAAUCCACCAAUUGGUAAAGGUUUACCUGUACGACAUCCACUUAAACCGUGUAUUGCUGUACCAACAACAGCUGGUACUGGUAGUGAAACAACAGGUGUUGCUAUAUUUGAUUUUGAAGAAUUACAUGCUAAAACUGGUAUUGCUCAUCGAUCAAUGAGACCAACACUUGGUUUAAUUGAUCCAGAUUUUGUUCAAACAAUGCCAUCACGUGUAGCAGCUAAUUCAGGUUUUGAUGUACUUUGUCAUGCUAUUGAAUCAUAUACAGCUAUACCAUUUAAUCAACGUACACCAAAACCGCGUGAUCCUAUUGAACGACCAACAUAUCAAGGUUCAAAUCCUAUAAGUGAUAUAUGGUCAAUACAAGCAUUACGUACUGUUGCUAAAUAUCUUAAACGUUCAAUAGAAAAUCAUCAUGAUGAUCAUGAAGCACGUAAACAAAUGCAUUUAGCAUCAACAAUGGCUGGUAUUGGUUUUGGUAAUGCUGGUGUUCAUCUUUGUCAUGGUCUGUCUUAUGGUAUAUCGGGUAAUGUACGUUCAUAUCAUGCAAAAGAUUAUCCAACAGAUCAUCCAAUUAUUCCACAUGGUCUAUCGGUUGUCGUAACUUCACCAGCUGUUUUUGAAUUUACAGCAUCAGCAUGUCCUGAACGUCAUUUAGAAGUUGCAUCAAUAUUAGCAACAGGUGGAGAAACAAAAAAUAAAUUUCUUAAUCAUUCACAUAAAGAUGCUGGUAAAAUAUUAGCUGACAUAUUACGUCAAUUGUUACAUGAUGUUCAUGUUGAUGAUGGUUUAAAAGCUUUCGGUUAUACAAAUAAUGAUAUACCAGCAUUAGUUAAAGCAACAAUACCACAACAGCGUGAUUGGUACGAACAAGGUGUACCUAGUUGUUUAUGGAUUAGUGGAUUCUUCUUUACACAAGCUUUUCUCACUGGUGUUCAACAAAAUUAUGCUCGAAAAUAUACAAUACCUAUUGAUCUUCUUGCAUUUAAUUAUGAAGUUAUGGAUGAUAAAGAACCUAGUAAAGCACCCGAUGAUGGAGCUUAUAUAAAAGGUUUAUUUCUUGAAGGUGCUCGAUAUGAUAGAAAAACACGUAAACUUGCUGAGUCUCAACCAAAAGUAUUAUUUGAUACAAUGCCUGUAAUAUGGAUUUGUCCAGCUAAACGAGAUGAAUUACAACAGAUACCAUCUUAUACAGCACCUGUUUAUAAAACAACAGAACGACGUGGUGUUUUGUCAACAACAGGACAUAGUACAAAUUUUGUGAUAGCAAUGAAAAUUCCAUCUGAUAAACCAGAAGAACAUUGGAUUGGACGUGGUGUAGCCAUGAUAUGUCAACUUGAUAAUUAA